AUGGUGCCAACAGAAGGAAAUGUGAGCGUGGAGAUUAUCUUCGCCCUCUUGGGCUUCACGGACUACCCUGAGCUUCAGAUACCACUUUUCCUGAUCUUCCUUUUCAUGUAUAUCAUCACUGUAGUGGGAAACCUCGGGAUGAUCGUGCUCAUCAAAAUCGACCCCAAGUUCCACACUCCCAUGUACUACUUCCUUAGCCACCUUUCCUUUGUUGACUUCUGCUACUCAACCAUCAUCACACCCAAGCUGCUUGAGAAUUUGGUCCUGGCUGAUAAAACUAUUCUCUACUUCAGCUGCAUGUUGCAGUACUUCCUGUCCUGCGUGGCAGUGGUGACUGAGUCUUACUUGCUAGCAGUGAUGGCCUAUGAUCGCUUUGUGGCCAUCUGUAAUCCCUUGCUGUAUACUGUGGCCAUGUCACAGAGGCUGUGCAUCCUGCUUGUGAUGGGAUCAUAUAUGUGGGGCACAUUUGCCACCUUGAUUCUCCUCUGCUUUGCUCUCCAGCUGAAGUUUUCAGGAUUUAAUGUGAUCAACCACUUUUUCUGCGAAUAUACUGCCCUCAUUGCUGUCUCUAGUUCUGAUAUACACAUCCCCAGCCUGCUACUCUUUUGUUUUGCAACCUUUAAUGAAGUGAGUACACUACUGAUCAUUCUCACUUCUUAUGUGUUCAUUUUUGUGACGGUACUGAAAAUCAAAUCUGCUAGCGGACGUCACAAAGCCUUCUCUACCUGUGCCUCCCACCUGACUGCCAUCACCAUAUUUCAUGGUACCAUACUUUCCCUGUACUGUGUACCUAACUCCAAAAACUCUCGGCAGGUGGUCAAAGUGGCUUCUGUCUUUUACACAGUUGUCAACCCCAUGUUGAACCCUCUGAUCUACAGCCUGAGAAACAAAGAUGUGAAGGAGGCUUUUCAGAAAUUAGUGGGCACAAAGGUUCCACUUCACUGA